ACUGGGUUGACGUGGGGGGGGGGGCAGCGGGAGAGAAGGCAGCCGGCAGGCACCGUCUCUUCUCACCCGCAUCUGUUCCUGGACGUCUCCCCGCCAGCGGAAUGAUUCCCGCCGCGACGUCGGGGCUGCCGUUCCUCGUCCUGGGAAUGUUCCUUUGCCGCCCGCUCGCUGGAAAGCCAGGUCAGGGCGAGGCCACUUGGUCUCGCUUCGCCCGCCUGCCUUUCCCGGACGACGCGCUCUUUCUCUACGACACGUUCCCUCGGGGCUUCCUUUGGGGGGCCGGGAGCGCGGCGUAUCAGGUGGAAGGCGCCUGGAACCGGGACGGCAAAGGGCCUUCGGUGCUGGACGCCUUCACGCACCGCUCAGCCGCGGCGCUUUUUAGAAACCCGGCCGAGCUGCCCUCCUGGGACUCGGCCAGCGGCAGCUACGAUCACGUCGAGCGCGACCUGGACGGCCUGAGCGCCUUGGCGGUCUCCCACUACCGCUUCUCGCUCUCCUGGGCGCGCCUCCUACCGAACGGCACGGCGCCCGCCAACCUCGCCGGCUUGCGCUACUAUGCGCGCCUGCUCUCCGGCCUGCGGCAGCGUGGCAUCGAACCUGUAGUCACCCUCUAUCAUUGGGACCUGCCCCGGACCCUGCAGGACCUCUAUGGUGGCUGGGAGAACCCGAUUGUCGUCGAGCUUUUCUUGGAUUACGCCCAGUUCUGUUUCCAGCACUUUGGCCGCCAAGUGCGCUUCUGGCUCACCAUAGACAACCCUUACCUCGUGGCAUGGCACGGCUACGCCACGGGCAGGCUGGCCCCGGGGGUGCGAGGCGGGCGGAAGAUGGGCUACAAAGUGGCGCACAACCUCCUGAAGGCCCAUGCCAAAGUGUGGCAUCUUUAUAAUGACAAUUUUCGUCCUACUCAAAAAGGUCAAGUAUCAAUUGCUUUAAGUUCUCACUGGAUAAAACCUCAAAACAUGACCAAAAAGAAUAUAAAGAAUUGUCAGAAAUCUCUUGACUUUGUGCUGGGCUGGUUUGCUAAGCCUAUAUUUACUGAUGGAGACUACCCUCAGAGCAUGAAACAUUACCUUUCCUUGACAUUACCAGAAUUCACUGAUGCAGAAAAGAACUUAAUCAGAGGAACAGCGGAUUUCUUUGCUCUUUCUUUUGGAGCCACAUUAAGUUUUAGUCGUGUGGAUCCAGACAUGCUAUUCCAGCAGCAGCAAACACUGAACCUGAGGCAGCUACUUUACUGGAUAAGCAGGGAAUAUAAUCCAUCACAGAUAUUCAUUGUAGAAAACGGUUGGUAUGUUUCUGGAACUACAACGACAGAUGACGCCAAUUAUAUGUAUUACCUUAAAAAUUUCAUACUGGACACAUUAAAAGCUAUCAGAUACGAUGGAGUUGCUGUGAUGGGGUAUACAGUUUGGUCCCUCAUGGAUGGCUUUGAAUGGUUCAGAGGCUACGUUCGACGGGGCUUAUUUUAUGUUGACUUUCAAAGCCAGGAUAAAAAAAUGAUAAUGAAAUCUUCAGGUUUGUUUUACCAAAAGCUGAUUCAAGACAAUGGUUUCCUCCCAACACCAGAAACCCAACCUUUUAAAGGAACAUUCCCCUGUAAUUUUGCAUGGGGGGUCACAGAAAACUUUCUUCAGAUAGAUGCAAAACGAUCUCAGUUUACUAACCCUAAUAUUUAUAUAUGGGGACUUCACCAAACUAAGAAUCUCCUCAAAAUUGAUGGAAGUGGUGUUCUGAAACUCAAGCCUCACUGUGUUGAUUUUUCUCAUGUCAGACCCCAGAUUUCUUUACUUCAAAAAAUGCACAUCACACACUUUCAUUUUUCACUAGCGUGGUCUUUGAUCCUUCCUCUUGGCAAUGAGACAAAUGUAAACCAAACACUUCUAUUUUAUUAUCAGUGUAUUUUCAAUGAACUGAUAAAAGUUAAUAUUACUCCCGUAGUCGCUUUGUGGCAACCUGAAGCCACGAAUCAAGGGCUUCCUUUUUCACUGGCCAACAAUGGAGGAUGGGAGAGUCAACAUACUGUGGAAGCUUUUGUUGAGUAUGCUCAGUUCUGUUUUAAAAACUUUGGACAUCAGGUCAAAUUUUGGAUCACCAUGAAUGAACCCAAUGUAGAGAACCUGACAUACAAAGCUGCACAUAAUCUCUUGAAAGCUCAUGCCAAAGCAUGGCACUUGUAUGAUAAAAAAUUCAGAAAGAUUCAAAACGGUAAAAUAUCAAUUUCCUUACAUGCUGACUGGGUUGAGCCUGCCAGUCCCUUUUCAAAAAAGGGUAAGGAAGCAGCGAGGCGAGCUUUGGAAUUUGACAUUGGCUGGCUGGCAGAGCCAAUUUUUGGGUCUGGUAAUUAUCCAGAAGUGAUGCGACAGUUGCUUCGCCAAAAAAAUGAUCUAGGUUUUCACAGUUCUCAAUUACCUUAUUUCUCAGCAGAGGAAAGAAACCUAAUACAUGGCUCCUUUGAUUUUUUUGCUCUGAGUCACUAUACCACAACUCUUGUCGGUUCCGAAAAGGACAUUCCCAAAAAGUAUGAUCCCCUUCUUGAUAUCCAAACGGUAAAAGAUUUAACUUGGCUGGAAUCACCCAGCCAAACUCCAGUGGUGCCUUGGGGACUACGGAAGCUUCUCAAUUGGGUUAAACAUAAAUAUGGCAAUAUCCCUAUUUAUAUCUUAGCCAGUGGAAUCGAUGAUGACCUGGAUCAGGAUUAUGACAAGUUAAGGAUACAUUACCUGGAGAAUUAUAUUAACGAAGCCUUAAAAGCCUACACCUUGGAUGAUGUUAAUCUCCGUGGCUAUUUUGUCUAUUCUUUCAGUGACAGAAGGAAUUCCAGAUCAUAUGGCCUCUAUCGUUACAGGAUGAACAAGUAUGAGGCAAAACCUUCACUGAUGUACUAUAGGCAGAUAAUUGACAAUAACAUCUCUCCUGGCUCAGAAAGCCAAAACCAGCUCUGCCCCAAAGAGCUUCUUCGUUGCCUAGAAUGUGAAUCUUUGCAACGCAGAAGAUUUUUAUUGGUGUUUAUAUCAUUCAUACUCUUUGCUUUCAUUGUUAUUAUAUUUCUGAUGGCUUACUACUCUAAGAAGACUGAGAGACGAUCCAAAUACCCAUAUCCAGUUCUUUGCCGCCUGUCACCUGUGUUACUUGGAAAAAUUUGGAAAUAAUUAUGCAGUAGGCUAUGAUUACUGUUGCAGUGUGUAGGCCAUCUAAUGUUGUGGUUUUCUAAACCCACAGGUGAAUCAUGUCCAUGGAAUUUGUAUGGGAUUGGUGUUGGCAUUUUGACCGUUAGUUCCUUAAUAUUAAUUCCAUCUCUCUUCUCCAAUAGUUGCUUUGAUUCAUCAAGGGAGGAGGAGAACAUUUCCCUCCCUUGCAUAAUUAGAAAGAUCCUCAUGUCAUUCUUCACCUGCACCAUGCCGAUGCAGGUGAACAAUUUGAGCAGAUUGUCUCUUGGUGAAGACGGGAUUUGAAAUGAAUAACUUGUAGAAAUGCUGAGAGGAGGACUGCUUGUUCAGUAUGCUGUCCGUGAUGCCUUCUUUCAGUACGCUCCCUUCUUCUCCUCUCUUUCUAUUUCCGGUUUUAUACUCCAAAACUUGAUUCACCUUCUUUGUGCAUGAACAUGCCUAGUUUUUUAAUGAGCUAAUUUUAGUUCCUGUUCUAGGAACUAGGAUUUUAUUUCCAUGAUUGUUGUAGCUCUCCUAUUGUUUCCUGAUUAUGUACCUAUUUAGUCACUAUGAGAGCCUUUUUUUUGCUGGAGAUUUAAAAUUAGACUGAUGAAGCUAUUAAUAAUAAACCCCUGGCUAUUGAGUUCUCAGGAUAAAAUUAACACCUUAUAAAGUCUUAGACUGUAAGAGCUCAGGGAUAGUGCCUCUGAUUUUUAGGCAGAAGGCAGCAUAUUCAGUCCAUGUAUAUAGUGUUUGGUCCAAAAGGCUCAAUUAUCAGUAGGUACAAAUAAUACUGCACUAGAUGGAUAAAUGUUAAGUCAAUAACUGUGUUCUUGCUGAUUCUUAAAAUGAACACUCAACCUAAAAAAAUCUAGCACAUAAGAAUUCUCAAAACAAGAAAACCAUCAUCUUAAAACUACAUUUUCAUCCUCUAUGAAAAUGUGAAGGUGCUGAACUAAAUUUUCCUAUAAAAAGAAAAUUAUAUAGUCAAAUACAAAUGUCUGAAGUAUCGGAUUUCUGUAGUGUUUUCAGUUAAUUUAUUUGUGUAAAAAGGGGCAGCCAGGGUAAUUCUGCAGCUUGUCUUCUUUUUAUUUGUUGAUGUUGCAGACGCUAGUGAAAGAAUCUGUUUUAUUGGAUCUUACGUAGGAAAUCUGUAUAUAGGGCCCGAGUAAAUAAGACAACUGUUAAGCUGUGAAAGCAAUAUUAGUUAGACAGUAACUGCAAGAUUGGAUAUUUUCAGGUAAGUGGAAGUCCUGCUCUGAUCAUGCCCUUGAAUUGAGCCUUGAAAGGAAGAAAGUGGAACUAACAACUAACAGGUUUAAAUCACUUCUAGCUUUUAUGUUUAUUUUUUCCUAUUAGCAUUUGGUGCAAUCUUUACUCUCAUUUGCACUCACUCUGUGGAGACAGACAGACAGAUAUAGGUAAAUACGUGAUAGAUAAAGAUGAUAGACAGCAUGUGCUCAUCCAACCUUUGCCCAAUUAACCCCUGCUAAUUUACUGUUGGCUUUCAAAAUUCUCAACUUGGUUGGUGAAAUCGCUGUACUCUAAUUAUAGACUGCACUAAUAAACAAUUUUACAAUAAUUUAAAUCCCAGAGAACAUUGGCCAA